CUAGGUAGUUGCAAGGUCGUUAAAUGUGUGCAAGUAAAGAAAACGUCUUUCUAUACUGUUGUGUGCGAUUGCCGGAGUGGCUUUCACUUUUGCUACGACUACGUUUGCGCUUCGAUCAAUUUUGAAUAUGGAUCGAAGUAUGGCAGUAAAUUCUUUCAUCUUCAUGUGUAUUUUCCUUUUAAUUUCUUUGAUCACAAUUGGAAUGGCUUACGAUCCAAAUGACAAAUCGCUUAAGGAUAUUCUGCUACCAGAGGGUCAAUUCGAGGCAUUCUAUCUAAAGGGAUCACAGGAUCAGGAACAGAACGCAGUAAGGCCUCCGCAUCUACACGGCUCCUUUCAUCAGUACAAGAACCCUGCUCUAGUUGGCGCACCGAACAGCGCCGCUUACGGUUUUCGUUUCGAUGGAAAGCGUCGUUUUAAUUACAAUUAGAUGAAUUUAUAGGAUUUACGAGUUUUGCGUGAAGUAUCUUAGUACUUCACUUACAAUAAAGUUUCACACCACUUAAUCAAUUGUAUUACGCAUUAUUAUAAAUGUUAUUAUUUAUUAUUCAGUUAAAAUGACCAAAUUUAUCGAUUAGAUUUUCUCCAAUAUAUAGGAAUAACAGAGAAAUUUUGAAAAAUGUAAUUGCUCUCCGGGACAAAUAGCAAUUAAAAUUGUACUAAUUAGAAAAAAUUUAACAACGAACUCUUCUACUAUUUGUGCACACACACACACACACACACAUAUAGAAAUAUUACGAAACGGUAUUUUUUAUAUGUAUUACACCUGAACUUUCAAUAAUUAAAAAACAAAUUAAUUAUAAAUCAAACUUUGUACAAACGCACAUAUUAAUUAUGUAUCACAUCGCAUGUUCUAGAGUGAUUUAGAGACAUGUAGAAUGCACAAUUCGUUUCGCAAUAAAAAAGAUAGCCUGUAUAUUAUA